AUGACUGACAAGGAAGAAAACAUGGAAAAUGAAGAAAUAGAAGGAGCGACUCAAAGGCUUUUGUUAAAGAUAAAAAAUGAAAGAUUAAACGAAGAAAUAUUAAAGAAAACUAUCAAUGAAUACAAGGAAACAAUAGAGAUAAUAUCAAAGUUAACAAAGAAAUUAAAUUAUAAAGUGAUUGUACCUUUUUCUAAAAUAGCUUUUUAUGAAGGUGAAAUAAAAUAUACUAAUAAUAUUUAUCAAGAUAUAGGGUGUAAUACAUAUUGUGAAAGAACAGCAGAGAAUGCUGAGAAGUUUUUAAAAAGAAAAUUAUAUUUUUAUGAGCAGAAAUACAAAGUAGUCUCCGACUUAAUAAAUAAACUAACAAAAGAAGUUCAACUUUCUGUAGAACUCCAAAGUGAGUCAAGGACAGACUUAAAUAGCGAUUUAAAUGAAAAUGUUUUCGUACGACCUGACGGGUUUUUUGAGAUAAGGGAAAAGUAUUACCCAAGUGAUGACGAAGAGGGAGUAAAGGAGGGUCAAGAAGAAGAAAUGAAGGAUGGUCAAGAAGAAGAAAUGAAGGAUGGUCAAGAAGAAGGAAUGAAGGAUGGUCAAGAAGAAGGAAUGAAGGAUGGUCAAGAAGAAGGAAUGGAGGAGGGUCAAGAAGAAGGAAUGGAGGAGGGUCAAGAAGAAGGAAUGAAGGAAGAACAAGAUAACAUGGUGAGGAAAGGCCGAAAAGAAGGAUCCAAGGAAGGGGACGAAAUUCACAGCAACAAAAAUGUUAAAGAUGGUAUGAACGUGAAGAAUACAAAACAUAGCAGCAUUAAUGAAACGAAUAAAAGGGAGUAUGUUCAAAAUAAUCAAGGAAGUUACAGUAGGGGUAGAAAACUUACAGAACGUACAAUCUCAAGAAAAGAACAAAAUAAUUUGGGAAAUAUUAUUGAUACUGCGGAACUUAAAACAAACUCUUCAAAUUGGAAAAGUGAACCAUUAGAAAAUAUUGAACAAAAAAAGAUACCGCAUAAUGCGAAAGCAAAAAUGUUGAAUGUUAACGAGCAGGGAUUGCUAAACAUAAAAGAAAAUUACAACAGUAGUAGCAGCGACUGCGAAUAUUAA